AUGGGGGACAAAACUGAUCUGAGUGACUUUUGCAUUUUCUGGCAUUUAACAGAUGCUAUUAUCAAAAGCAACGCUUCUCAUUUGCAGAUUCCAGCCAAGAUCGUGGAAAAGUUCUGUGAUCAACUUUGCACCAGUCAUAAUUGCACAUACCCAGUACCUUCUAAUGUAUCGUCUGAGCCAAACACAAUCUGCGAGUACUGCUGGAAGGAUAAGGACGGGGAUGUGCUGGCUCAUGGAAUCUCUUCUGACCUAAAAAACCUGUCCCGACCUUACUGUAUGAAUGGUAUUCAGUUUAUUUUGUGUGAGGAAAAGAGUGAAUCAGACAAGCGUAAUUUUACAUACGUUGUUACCAAUCGUACAAGAAGCCCCGGAUCUGGAUCUAUUAAUCCUACAACAGGUCCAGGGGAUACUCGUAACACAUCUGAACGUGAGUACUUUCGAGAUCCUGAAGAUGUGGAAAUGAAUGGAAACGUUAACAGGGAGAUCAACCCGUCAGACCAGUACAAAGAAGAAACCCGAGCGCUGAACAACCAUACAGCUGCAGGUCGGGAUCCUGAAGAAGUGGAAAUGAAUGGAAACGUUAACGGGAAGAUCAGACCAUCGGACAACCAGCACAAAGAAGAAACUCGAGAGCUGACCAACCAUACAGCUGCAGGCUGCUCUUUGAUAAUGGAAUCAGCAGAAGUGAGACCAUGGUCAUUCAGAAGACCUGAUCACGCUCAGCUUUGUAAGGUGCAGACAGAGAUGUGUCCCACUACAGGUGGAGUGAUGUUUACUCCUGCAGGAAACGUUGUUCCUGAGGAUCUACAGGACAGAGGAUUCCAGAAGAAGCCUAUAAAAGAGGAAGAUGAUCUCUGUGGAAGAACAUCAGCUUCUGGGGAUCCCAGCACCCCCGUGGGACAAAAGAAAAUAGAAUUCCAGAAAAUAACAGAAACAGGAGAAGAACCUGAAGAUUGUCUCAAAAUGAACGACGUGUUCUCCUGCCCCUUGUGUCCGCUUCCCUAUACAUCCCAAAUCCACCUCCUGCAGCACAUUAAGAGAUGCCAUUAUAACAAGUACGUGACACUGGCCAAACUGGGAGAGAUCAAAUAUGAAAACCUGACAUCCCCCCUAAGCUCCUUCAGCCUACAAACCUCUCGCAAGCAGGAAGAAACUCACCAGUGUUCAGACUGUGGGAAGAGCUUUACGUACCCGAGUGCUCUCCUGAUACACCAGCGCGUUCACACCGGCGAGAAGCCCUAUCAGUGCUCGCUGUGUGAGAAGAGCUUUAUUAACCGGAGCAAUCUGAAAAUACACCAGCGUGUUCACACCGGAGAGAAACCGUAUCGUUGCUCAGAGUGCGGGAAGACUUUUAGUCACGUCGGUACCCUCCAACAGCACCAGCGCAUUCACACGGGAGAGAAACCGCAUCGGUGCUCGCUGUGUCCGAAGAGCUUUACGGACAGUCGCGACCUCCAGAAGCACGAGCGCAUUCACACCGGGGAGAAACCCUACUCCUGUACGCACUGUGCGAAGUGUUUCGCCGACAGCAGCAAUCUCCAAAAUCACCAGCGCGUUCACACCGGAGAAAAGCCAUAUCGGUGCUCGGAGUGUGGCAAGAGCUUUACCGAAAGGAGUAACCUCAACAAGCACCAGCGCACUCACACCGGAGAGAAACCGCACCAGUGCUCAGAGUGCGGGAAGAGCUUUGCCCAGCUGAGUCACCUCCAGCAACACCAGCGCGUUCACACCGGCGAGAAACCGCAUCGCUGUCCCGAGUGCGGUAAGAGCUUCAGUCAGCUGAUUCACCUCCAGCACCACCGGCGUGUUCACACGGGAGAGAAACCCUAUCAGUGCUCGCAGUGCGGGAAGAGUUUCAGUCACCAAAGUACGCUCCAGCAGCACCAGCGCGUUCACACCGGAGAGAAACCGUACCAGUGCUCGUACUGUGAGAAGCGCUUCAGUCACCAGGGUAAUCUCCAGCAGCACCAGCGCAUUCACACAGGAGAACGGCUGCACCAGUGCUCACAGUGCCGGAAGAGUUUUACUCACCAGAGUCGUCUUCAUGCGCACCAGUGCGGCCGUACGGUAGAGAAACUGUAGCAAAUAUUAAAACCACCGGUCUAAUAUGCUAUCAGCACAGCCCAGACCCACCAACAUCUGAAGGUGUCCUGUCGUAUUUGGUACCAGGAUGUUUCCAGCAGGUACUUGGAUGGAUCGUCCUUGAGUAAACGUCCACAUGGAUCUUAAAGAAAAGAGGACUUGUCAGACCAGUUGACCAUCCAUUAAACAGAUGUCCAGUUUAGAUAUUUGUAGGUGCUUUUGACAGUGGACAGGAGUUUGACUGGCCACUUUGACUGGCCUGUGACGACGUAUG